GUGUGCGUCAGCGACUGGUGGAGGGGGUGAGCGGUGGGCACGGACUGCCUGACAGACAGACGGACCGACCGUGGAACUGAGCCAGCUGGGGAGUUGGGGGCGGGCGCAGUUGUGGGCGCAGCCGGGGAGUAGGACGAGGGGCUGGCGCAGUCCGGGGCCCCGGGCGCAGUGAAGCUUCGGAGCCUCGGCGUCCCAGCCGCCGCCUCCCCCGCGGCGGAGGAGGAGGAGGAAGGGGACAGCCGGGCGAGGAGCGAUCGCCUCUGGCCUGGGGCGCGCCUGCCCUCAGCCACAGCCGCCACCGCCGCAGCAGCGCAGCCGCCUCCAGCUCCAUUCAUUCUCCGAGGCUCCGCCUCCUCCUCCCUGGAUCCUCUCCUGUGAGUCCGGAGGGCGCGCCCAGCCGAGGGGAUGGCAUUUCCUGUGGACAUGCUGAAUAACUGUAGUCAUGAAGAAUUAGAAAGUUCUGCUGAAGAUUACUUGUUAGAUCUCAGGUGUGGGGACCCAGAGAACCCAGAACAUUUUCCUUUUCUCAAUAAUCUGGUUCCAAUCAGCCUGUCAACUGUUGGCUUCAUCCCUCUUUAUGGUGGUGAUCAGACACACAAAAUUCUUGCUCUUUUUGCACCAGAAGACUCACUCACAGCUGUGGCUCUGUACCUUGCUGAUCAGUGGUGGGCUGUUGAUGAUAUUGUGAAAACAUCAAUCCCUUCUAGAGAAGGGCUUCAGCAGGUGAGUACUCUUGGGGAGAGAGUGGUGUUGUAUGUCUUGAAUCGAAUUAUUUAUAGAAAACGGGAAAUGGAAAGAAAUGAGGUCCCAUUCCUAUGCCAUAGCAGUACGGAUUAUGCUAAGAUUUUGUGGAAGAAAGGUGAAGCCAUUGGAUUUUAUUCAGUUAAACCUACAGGAAGCUUGUGUACUUCCUAUCUUACUCAAAGUUACCAGCUUCCUGUGCUUGACACAAUGUUUGUAAGAAAGAAAUAUCGUGGAAAAGAUUUGGGGCUACUGAUGCUGGAAGACUUUGUUGAUUCCUUUACAGAAGACAAACUUGGUCUACGGUUUCCACUCUCUUCUUUUAUGCAUACAGCUUGUAGACAGUAUUUUGAGAAGUACCCAGGGGAUCAUGAUCUUCUUUGGGAGGUUGAAGGAACUGGACAGUGGCAUCAGAGAAUACCCAUCACCAGUGCAUUACAGAGAGAAGCAUUCAGACGUCCAGAGGUUUCUCAAAAUGAAGUGAGAAAACUUACCUUUGAAGAAUGUGACUCUAGACCUAGUCCCGAAUAUGAAAUAGGACGUGGAGAAAACCAGCCUAAUGAAAUGCAGGUUGAUCCUGUAAAAGGAAAAGGUACCUCAGAUAACAAUGCAAGUACAUCUGAAGGACUUGAUAAAACACCUAUUAACACUCAAACAAGAAGUGUUCAUUUGAAGCGGCCAAAGAUUGGAAAGAGGUUUCAUGAUUCAGAAAUUAACCCUCUUCAAGAUGUGGAUGAAAACAUUCCCCAGGCUUCAUCUGUGGCUCCUGUAAACAGACUGGAAUCUACUGCAUAUACAUCUGAGAGCUCAGAAGAGUUAGUUGAAGAUGAACCAGAUGAGAGUGUGGUUGAUUCUGAGCAGGAAAAAAAAGAUAAAGAACAACACAUCCUAGAAACAGAAGGGUUGAGUAAAUCAGUCCUGGAGAAGAAAGAUAACGAAGAGGAAUCUGAAUUAGAACCCCUGAAUGGUGAGGUAAUGGAAGAUGCCAUAAAGACCUCACUAAAACCUGAUGAGGACACUGCUCAGGAUGCUUUGGAUGGAAAGUCAAAAUGGCCAUCCGGUCAUUCCAGUGAAGAAUGUGGAACUCCCUUUGUUCCCCCCACGGUUGAAUCUACAAAGACUCCUGAGGAUGCUGCACGAGAUAAGGUCACAGAUGAGAUUGAUUCCAAAAUGACAAAGGACAAAAGCCCACCUGAUGAAAAAGAGAGUCCUGAAGAAAAAUCUCUCCCAGCUCCACGAAAAAAACCUCCUUUGGAAGGCUCUGAGAGUGUUUCUGCGAUUCAGAAGGAAGAACCAUCCGAUAAUGGUCUUUCAAACUCUGUAGCUGGUGAAGCAUCAGAAGAAUCUGUUCCCGAAAAUGUGUCGCCCAACACAACAACCUCCUCACUGGAAGAUCAGGGGGAGGAAAUGGCUCCUGAUUCCCAGGAAAACACAACCACCACCACAAUGGCAACAACAACAGCAACAACCACCACCACAACAACAAGCCUUUCUCAGAGUUCCCCAUUAGUGGUUGAACUUGAAGAUAUUCAAAAUACAGGACAAAAGAAUCAGUCAGAAGAACAGUCUGAAGCAUCUUCGGAGCCUCUGGAUCAUUUCACUCAGUCUACUGAGAAGGCUGCGGACAGCAGUUCUGAGGAGGUAGAAAUUGAAGUACCAGUAAUAGACAGGCGGAAUUUAAGAAGAAAGGCCAAAGGGUACAAAGGACCCACGAAGAAGAAAGCCAAGCUAGCUUGAAUGGUGGAAGAAAGAGCAGUCCUGAAAAUCCUCUUUGUAACAAAGUUGGUGUAGUUUUUUAUAAUGUCACUUAACAAAACCACAUGGGAUAGAGGAUAAACAUUUCUUGUUCCAAAA